AUGGCACGUAUAGCGGCAAAUCAGGUGGUGGAAUUCACGCUCGAAGAGGUCCAAUCGGUGAAAUUCCGAACAUCAAGAACACUUUUGGGAAGGUUGUUCUCGGAAACCAAUUUUACUCCUAGUGAGUUGCGGGAGGGCUUGGUGGAGACAUGGAGGGUGCAAGGAAACCUUAGGGUUUCGGUCACUAAGUAUGGCCUAUUUGAGAUUGUUCUCCCAAGUGAGGAGACGAGGAUUUGGAUCCUAAAGAGAACUCCUUGGAUUGUUAAGGAUAGGAUUCUUCACCUCCGGUCCUGGACGCCUUCAAUCACAAGGCCGAUCUUCGAUGGCUUGGCCAUUGCACCCUUUCGUGUCCAACUUUGGAACGUGAAAGAGGAUUGCUGCACUAAACAAUUUGGCAGGAAAGUUGCAGCUGGAACAAUCGGUCAAGUCUUGGAAGCUGAUGUCUUCACAUCUAGGGAAACAGAGGAGUGCUUUAUCAAAGUGCACGUCCUCAUUGACUUUACUAAACCACUGAGGUCUCAAAUCAAGGCGGUUAGUGACGAGCUUGGUGAAUUCUGGGUCAAUUUCAAAUACGAAUAUCUGCCAACUUUCUGUUAUCUCUGUGGCCGCGUGGGGCAUGCCAAACUUGAAUGUAAUUUUGCUCCACCCUUGGGUAAAGAACGCUUUGGGCCACACAUGUCCACAAGGAAGCUGGGGAGGAAAAUAUACAUUGAGGAGGAGGAAUAUCUGAAGUUUCAUAAUGCUAGUAAGUCGGUGUGGGUAAAUAAGAAUGCUCAAAGGCGUGAGGAUGGGGCUGCAAAGACCAUGAAGCCUGCUCGAGCUCGUGAUAUGGGAGAACGCCCGGCUCCUUCCGCUCGAUACUUUGCCCAGGAGACUAAACCUUUUAUAGGGGAACAUGAUCUCCAUGACAAGAAGGAGACGCAACCUCGGUUGCAGGAGCCUAAGCAGAAGCUGACAGGGAAUGGUGCCAGUCCUAAACAGAUGGUCUUCAAGGCCUCACCUCGAGUGAAGGUUGGUGGUGGGGUCUGCCUGCAUCAAAAGAAAUGGCGACGACUGAUCCUACAAGAGGAAUCAGAGGAGGAAGAGUUGGUUGGAGUGGAGGCUGCUCAAGCUAAGCAACCCCUGGAGAACCCACGGGGUCAACUAAAGGGAUCUUCUCAAGUUGGCAGUGUGGUGCAACGGGCUCGCCCGCGACUAAAAAAGGGAGGAGCUGAAUGCUUUCGAGCUAUGUUGAAGCAGGAUGGGGGAUCGACUCCUCAUGAUGUUCCGCAGGAAUUGGUGGAUGAGGAGGUUGUACCCGCUCAAAAUCAUGAGGGCCAACAGCAGGUCAACGAUUCAGAGGAUGAUCAGUCGAAUGACGAGCACCUUCCAUUCGAGAUCAAGAGAAGGUCACCAGGUGGAGUCUCCAUGGAGACUCCAAAAGGCUUGACUGGACGUGUUCACCGCGUGGUUGAGGCAUUUGAAGCUGGGUUGGUCUUUGCUCAAGCAGAGGAGAUACCUAUUGAUGGGCCUCGCUCGACUCUCAAUGAAUAUGGGACUAAUCUCAUGGACCCACCAGUGGAGAAUCGAAAGCGGGUGCUCGAGGAGUUGGAUGGGGAGGUGGGUGAUCCCCCUACCCCGAAGAAGCAAUUUGUGGAAUCAUCUGAUGAUCUGGAAAAGGUGGAGGAAGCCAGCCAUGAGUGGCCCCAAGGUGAUAAAUGA